CAUCAUCAUCCUUUUACCACUCAACGCCUUUCGCCGUUGCACAAUGAACGCCACGGAGACUGCCGCAGCCAAUCCAGGCUCAGCAGCAGAAGCAAUAACCUACUUCAAGGCUCUCAGCCUCGUCAUUCUCCCCUUCAUCGUGACAUAUGUCUUCACUUCCUUUGGCAACAAGGGCUAUCAGCAUGGCCAAAGCGCAAGAGAGCCCCCGAGGGUUCCGUACUGGAUUCCGUACGUGGGUAAUACGAUUGGCUUCGCUUUUGAUACUGAACGCUUUUUAUCGUCUAUUUUAUCCAAAUUCGGCAAAGUCCCGCUUCGUAUCUUUGUUGGGGCAGAGCCUAUGUACUUUAUUCCUCAUGGCCAGCCCAUCAUCGAACUCUUUAAGGCGUCGCGUCAUUUGACUACCAAGUCUCUUGGUGUCAUGACUGUUCGAGAUGCGUUUGGCUUGCCAGAAUCUGAUAUGCCGAUCUAUGUUGAUGAGGAUUCUGAGUUUGGACAUGUUGACCCAUUGAAGAGAUUUGACUUUGUUCAGCAUCGUGAUUUACAUGCUCUUUUGACAGGAGGUCCACUGAAUUCCAUGACUGCAAAGUUUGUCGAGGUCUACUCCGAUAUUAUCGAGAAAGACACCAGGUUGAACGAGGACGAGUGGACUGAGGUCGAUGAUGUUUACGAGUGGCUCAAAAACAAUCUCCUUCGCGCUGCAAUAACUGCUCUGUGCGGUGACAGGUUUCUCGAAAUCGCACCAACCUUUCUUGAAGACUUUUGGUUGUUCGACUAUCAUCUCCCCAGCCUCUUCAAGCGGAUGCCUCGAUGGCUUGUUCCGAAAAGUUAUGCAGCCAGAGACAAAUGCCUCGAGAGCGUGCUACGGUACCAUGAUUACGGAAAACAGCUGUUUGACUUUACUGAUGAAGAAGGUGUCGUCAAGAAGGAUUGGACACCAGAGUUUGGUACGAGGUUAAUGAGUGCUAGACAGAAGAUGUUCCAGAGCGUUGGGAUGACCCCGAGAGGUGGCGCUGCUCUUGACCUGGGGCUCAUGUGGGCGGUAAAUGCUAAUGCCAUUCCCGCGGGCAUGUGGAUUCUCCUUGAUAUAUUGCUCGACAAGGACCUGAAAGACAGAGUAAUGGCCGAGAUACAACCUUCAUUCAUUGACAAGUCUCUAUCUUUCGAUAUCGAUAAGCUCUGCUCCGGUCCCCUGAUCAAUUCUAUCUACCUCGAGACGCUACGUCUUCGCGUUGCUUCACCCGUUGGACGAACACCAACCAUUCCCAAUCUCAAAUUCGGAAAAUGGCAAUUCAAGCAAGGCGUCGGCAUGCUAUCUUCAUCCUGGGUUGGCGGUCACGAUCCUGAUUUUUGGAAUACCGGACAUGUACAGCCUGACGGAAUUGAAGAGCAUCCCGUUGAAUCGUUCUGGGCAGAGAGGUUUCUGAUCUACGAAAAUGAUCCAGCCAGCGGUCCGGUUCGACCAACCGCUUCUGCCGAAAAGCCUACGAAGCGUACCUCGGAGGAUGACCAUAAGGCACGUUCUACUAUUGAUGGAACGCAGGGAUAUUGGUAUCCUUACGGAGGCGGGACAAAAAUGUGCCCUGGUCGAUUCUUCGCCAAACAGGAGCUCAUGGCUGGUGUUGCGGUCGCUCUUCGUGCUUUUGACAUUGAGCUUGUCGAUCCUGAAGCGGCGAGUAAAGUUGGACCUAAUAUGGAUUACUUUCCGUUUGGAACUAUUCCACCUAGGGGCAAGGUCGCUGCUCGGAUUCGGAGGCGAAAGUUGUGAUAUGGUUGCACCAGGUUUACAGUUGUGACUGCAGGUCACGAGCAGAGUAUUGUGGGUUUGGAUAGAAUAAGCCCUUAUUUCUAAGCAGUCUUUAUGAGCGAAAUUUAUAAUGCAUCGUGGUAUAAUGACGACAAUAUCGUGCA